AUGGCUAGCACGGAUAAAUUAGUCAUGAACUCGCUUCUUACGCUAUCCGCGUGUCUCUGGGCCACAGUUGAGCAGAAGAAGGAAAUUGGACAUAUAGUCUUCUACUUCCGCUGUUGUGCUAUGAAGGAGCUGCAGAUAGCUGUUAGCAAGUUCUCCAAGGAUAAUUGUGAUACGAUUCUUGCGGCUACAAUGCUGUUGUUGUGGGCAAGUGAUGAACGGUCAAGCUGGAUAAUUUUCUGGGACGGCUUACAGUCUGCCCUAAAGUCAAUGCCGCAGGUAUGGAAGCAAGAGUCUGAGCUGGCAAAUUUUAUUGAAAGUCAACAAUACUUUCAGAUCUUGAAGUUGCCUUCUUGCUCGAGCUACCAAAUUCCUGAUAAGGAUCUACCUAAUCUUUCCUACACAAUUGUGAUUCUUCAAUAUAUCCGGGAUCAGAUCUGGCAUAUUGAUAAAUACUUCGAUCCGGUAAACAAGCUGGUUGAUUUCCUAGAGAAAUGCCAUGAUGAAGUCCACUUUCUUUCACCGGAUCAGGCUUUUCAGCGCGUGCAUUCUAUGCGAAAGUGGCUCUUCUGGCUUCCGCCAACUGUACUGCGGGAAGGUACUGGCGACACCCUCGGCCUGGCUAUUUUAGCACAAUUCUUCACUGCUGGGCUGGUUCUGAAUGACUUGUACCCUGAGGCUGGAUGUCAUGAUCUAGGGCAGUUAGCCGUCCGCCCUAUCGAAGAGAUUUACUGCACUGUCUACACGCGCAGCACAAGGACGCCACAAGACCAGGACGUACAACUAGCCAUGUCCCUCGUGGAAUGGCCACGAUACAUCGCCAACCAGUAUUCCUCUCAGGUCAUCGACAGUGUCAAGGUUCCCAUUUCGUACUCUCUAUUUCCAUGGCAGACGCACUAUAUCAACUACUCGGGGAUGAAGCAAGUUUCGAUGACUUGUAUAUCGGAGCCGCCUCAAGCUCAUUACCCAGAACAAUCGGAAGUAUAA